AUGGUUGAUAAUCUAUACGUCCAGGCAGCAAAUAUUUUUACAAAAGCUUCCGCAAAAGAAGCUUCUGUAAAAUCUCUCGUAUUUGCUUCGGAAUAUGAGAACAAGAAACAAUUAUAUGCAUUGGUAUGUGAAUCUCUCAAACACAGUUAUUUACUGCUUCACAUUGCACAAGCCUUGAAGAUUUUGGAGGAUAAACCCUAUGGACUCUUUGGUAAUAUGGCACUUCUCCAGGUGCUUCUUUACGACAUUAUCUUUGGAAAAGGGAUCCACAAAUCCAAGCGUUUCAAAAACACUAUGAGGAAAUAUCGUGAACGGAUUAGAGAAUACACAGAAUUUCUAACCAAAGAGAAAGGCCUCAGUUGUGUACAAGACUUGCUUUUCACUCGAAGCUCAGCUGUCACCAGCGUCCCAAAAUAUGUUCGUGUCAACACACUGAAAACUCGUAUGAAAGAUGUUUGCAAACAAUUCAAAGAAGAUGGAUAUCGAAGAUUACAUAGGAAAGGAAAAGAUUACAGCAGUUUUUUGGAAGAAGUGAAAUCCUUGAAGUCGGAAGAAUUUAUUCGUGACAUUCACAUUCCUUCAUUAAUUGUGUUUCCACCAGGAAUAGAUUUUCAUGAACACCCUUUAUACAAAUCUGGAGAAAUAAUUCUCCAAGACAAGGCCAGUUGUUUCUCCUCUCAGAUUCUCUGUCCACCAGAGGGAAGCACUGUAAUUGACUGUUGUGCUGCUCCUGGCAACAAGACCACCCACCUUGCCAGUUUGAUGAACAACUCAGGGAAAAUCUUUGCCUUUGAUAUGGAUGCAGAACGUCUCAAGAUUUUGGAGAAAUUUGUUCAGAAGUCAGGAACUGAAAUUGUUGAAUCAUUUUGCAAAGAUUUCUUGACCACAAAUCCAAAUGAUCCAAAGUUUCAACAAGUCGAGUAUAUUCUUGUAGAUCCAUCCUGUUCUGGUUCAGGAAUUGUCUCAAGACUGGAUGAGGCAAUUGAUUCCACUGAAACUUCUAAACAUCGCUUAAAAAAACUGUCCAGAUUUCAGAUUUCUAUCUUGAAACAUGCACUUUGUUUCCCAAAUGUGAAGAAAGUUGUCUAUUCAACAUGUUCCAUCUUUGUUGAAGAAAAUGAAGAAGUUGUUGAAGAAGUCAUAAAGCAUUUUCAGGACAAAUUUUCUUUUACAGAAAUAAUGCCUGAUUUUACGGGACGUGGGGCAAGCAGUUACCCUAAUAGCCAUCAUUUCAUACGCUGGUCAACUGACGAGGACUUGACAAAUGGAUUCUUUGUGGCCUGUUUUGAAAGAAGGAUACAAAAUGAAGACAAUACUCAAAAUUUCACAAAAGAUUUGCAAAAUCGAAAACGAAAACAUUCUAAUGAUUAA